AUGGCCGUUGCAGAUUUCUCCUCGGCCGAUCCUUCUGGAAAUACGAUGCAAGGCUCGAAGGCCUCCACGAUCUCCAGUGGCACAGACAUUUCCGUCGCACAUGAAAGGGCCAUCCUUCGAAAGAUCGACCUGCACGUCAUACCCUGGUUGGCGCUGCUGUACUUGCUCAACUUCUUAGAUCGGGGCAGCAUUGGGAACGCAAAACUUUAUGGCCUCGAAAAAGAUAUAGGAAUAGAUGACAGACAAUAUCUAACUGCGUUGACUGUAUUCUUCUUUCCUUACGCUCUUCUCGAGCCAGCCAGUAACGUCAUCUUGCGUCGCCUCAAACCAUCUAUCUGGCUUUCAAGCAUGAUGCUGGCUUGGGGUAUUGUGAUGACGUGCCAUGGCUUAAUCAAGGAUUACGGGGGGCUCGUCACUGUUAGAGUCCUGCUAGGUGUCACAGAGGCUGGACUAUAUCCGGGAAUAGUGUUCUAUAUCUCCAGUUGGUAUAAGCGAUCUGAAAUGGGCUCUCGCGUCGCUUUUUUCUUCUCUUCUGCUACAGUCGCUGGGGCAUUUAGUGGCCUUCUUGCCGCUGCUAUUGCGAAUAUGGAUGGUGUUGGGGGUAAAACAGGAUGGGAAUGGAUAUUUAUUCUGGAAGGAUUAGCCACAGUCGUCGUAGGCCUUAUGUCGUACUGGAUCAUUCAGGAUUUUCCCGACACAGCCAAAUUCCUGACGGAGCAAGAGCGUGUCUUUGUUAUCCGCCGUCUCCAAGAUGACAUGAAACUAAGUGCGGGUGGGGAGGCCUUCAAGAAGGACUAUAUCUGGCAAAGCCUGAAGGACUGGAAAACCUGGAUCGCAAGUAUGCGUCUCUUCUACCAUGUCUCCCCGGCUGCUGAUGCACAUCUACAGUGGGAAUUUACAUGGGAUUGGUUUCAUGCCACACAAGCCAACCUUCUCUCUGUCCCUGUCUACGCGUGGGGUUGCAUCCUAACAUGUGUCAUAGGCGUCCUAGGAGACCGCAUCGGCUCUCGAAGUUACAUUAACUUUACAUUGUUCACCGUUGGACUGAUCGCGUAUGCAAUUUUGAUUGCUUCGAAGUCACCAGCACUAUCGUACUUCGCAGUAUAUUUAGCUGUCUCCGCCAUCUACCCGAUCAUUCUCGCGUGGAUCGCCAGUAACGUCGAGGGAGCUUACAAACGCAGCGUCACCCUUGGCAUGGCCAUUGGGUUCGGAAACAUCAAUGGAGCAGUUACGGCCAACAUUUAUCGCGCCCAAGAUAUACCAUGGUAUCGCCUGGGCCAUGGUAUCGUCCUUGCGUACAUUGGCUUUGGCCUCAUUUGCUCCCUUCUGUAUGCGGUGCUUCUGAAGCAAGAAAAUGCUAGGCGCGACCGCGGAGAACGCGAUGAGAUCAUUGAAGGAAUUGAUAAUGAUCACGGUCACGAACGCAAUGGCAUUUUCAAGUCAGUAGAAGAAGCAAAGACCGUCAAAGGCGACGAUUGGAGCGGGUUCCGAUAUACAUUAUGA